GGGAGGUGACCCGGACCAUGGCGGCCGCGCCGCCGCUCCGGGACCGUCUGAGCUUCCUGCACCGGCUCCCUAUUCUCCUGAAGGGAACAUCAGAUGAUGACAUCCCGUGUCCUGGCUACCUCUUUGAAGAGAUUGCGAAAAUCUCCCACGAGUCCCUGGGCAGCAGCCAGUGCCUGCUGGAGUACCUCCUGAACCGCCUGGACAGCAGCUCUGGCCACGUGAAACUCAAGGUGCUAAAGAUCUUGCUCUACCUGUGUGGCCACGGCUCAUCCUCCUUCCUACUCAUCCUCAAACGCAACUCAGCCUUCAUCCAAGAAGCCACAGUGUUUGCAGGGCCCCCAGACCCUCUUCAUGGGAACAGCUUGUACCAGAAGGUGCGGGCGGCUGCCCAGGACCUGGGUAGCACCUUAUUCUCUGACGUUCUGCUGCCACUCCCGCCCUCCCAGUCACCCAGGGCCCCUCCCCCCGCAGGCAUGGGCUCCCAGGCCAGGCCUCACAGCGCCCUGCAGGGUUUUGGCUACAGUAAGGAGCCGGGCCGAGCAGGCUCUGCGGGCGAGGCCAUUCUGGCCACUGUCCAGAGAGCUGCGGAGGUGGUGGCCAAAGCUGUGCGCCCUGGGCCUGAGCUUGCUGCACAGAGACCUCUGCCACGGAGCGACACCUACCAGCCUGCUGUGACGCCUCCAGCCGGCCACCGUCACCCCCCUGCCCGGAGCCUGCUUCCAGGGGCUCGAGCUGUGAGACACCAACCUGGGCAGGCCGGAGGGGGCUGGGAGGAACUGGACAGCAGCCCCAGCUCCCAGAAUUCCUCCCGGACCAGUGACCUGAGCAGGGCCUCAGACUCUGGCAGUCGGUGUGGCAGCGACAGCUACUCAGCGGCCGGCCGGGAGCUAGGCAGCCUGGCGGAACGGGCCGAGGCCGUGGCCCCGAGUGACUGCCAGCAGGAGCUGAGCCUGGUGAGGGCCGUGGCACAAGGGCCACGUGCCUUCCUGAGCCGGGAGGAGACGCAGCACUUCCUCAGAGAGUGUGGCCUGCUCAACUGUGAGGCGGUGCUGGAGCUGCUCCUCUGCCAGCUAGGCCAGGCCAGUGAGGGCGAGCAGAUGAGAUCCCUGUGUGCCGUCGCCUCCCUUGCUAGCGCCGACCUCCUGCCCCAGGAGCGCAUCCUCCUCCUCGCCCAGCAGCACCUUCGGGAGCUCAGUGCCGGCAGCCCAGGACCCGUGACCAGCAAGGCCACCAAGAUCCUGCGGUACCUGGAGGCCUCCUGCGGACAACGGGCCCCGGCCCCCGAGCCCCUCGCCCAGCCCAGCCCCCUGGCUGCUGUCCAAGGCCUGUCUGACCUGUUGACAGACCCUGCGCCGCCUCCUGGGGGCCAUGUCUUCCUCCAGCCAUUGGGCUCCACCCCCAUCUUGCCUCCGAGCCCUGCCCCCACCCCACCCCCAGACAACUGCCCCCUCCCCAUCCCCAGUGUCCCCAGCAAGACUGGGUCGGGCCCAGGGGAUGGAGCCACCGCCAAGGGCCCCUGGAGCCAUGGUUCCCUAUUUGCUGGCAUGGAGCUGGUGGCACGUCCCCGUCUGCUGGGGUCUGGGGUGGCCAUGGGGGAGCCCCGCCCAGCCCCCAGCUCCCCUCAGACGGCGGCCCCCGGAGAAGCAGCCCCAGAGCACCUGGGCUCAGAGCCGUCAGCUUUUGCGUUCUUAAACAUGUGA